CAGAGUGUUUUUGCUAAACGUUUGCAAACUAUUUUGACUGGUUCUUGAAGUGAUCAUUCGGUUUAAUGUGUAGCGUAAUAAAAUAAACCAACAAGCGUUAGCGACAAAUGGCUGACUGAACUUACAACACUGUCAACAGUCUUCCAUUUUGUUUGCACUACUAUUGUGUACUAACAAGUAACAAUUUGUAGAACUUUGUUAAUGUAAGUAUGGGUCGCAUAACAGUGACAGAAGAAACGUACAUAAGACAGUUGCCAUUUUCAGCUGUCCAGAAACUUCAAAUGAUUCUUGAUCCAGGGAAAUUAUGGGAAAAAUUUGCGGUAAACAUUCCCAAAAAGAUCGGCAUCGAGUUCGAACCGAAAUAUUCGUACAUCAGCAUUGAGCAGUUCUCGAAAAUUGGCCGAACAUCCGACGGCAGUCCGACAAGAGCCAUACUCUCCGACUGGGGAAUGCAGAAUGUAAAAGUCAAAGACUUGAUCAGCGUUCUGAGCGAAUCAAAACUGUACGCAGCUGCCGAUUACUUGAGUGUAAGUCUCAUGGAAGGAAAACCAGUUGAGAGGAAAGCCAGCGACAGCGAGGCGGAGAGAGAUGAAGAAAAUAUUAACCAGGACUGUAAAACAAAACCUGACAAAACUGAGCAGCAGAAAGUAGAAACACAACUUCUCCGAUCUGCCACAGCCGCCGCCGCCGAUUUUCCAGGUGCAAUCGGCAGUGGGAAUGAUUUAUCCUACGCAAGUGGAGGUUGUCCAUCGGGAAACCUGAACGCUGGGUUUAAGAACUCGGGUCCCACAGAAAGCGAUGAGAUAGAAGAAGAAGAACAUGCCUUAAAAUCCUUACUUUCUGUGAAAGAAAUAUGUCUGCAGCACAUGAAUUACAAUUUGUUGAAAACAAUCACUGGCGACUUCAAUGAAAAAGAACUUUUGUUUGGUGGAAAUUUGAUUGGCCGAGGAGGAUUCGGAACGGUGUACCUUGGUCAGUUUCACAACGGGUUUCAGAUUGCAGUGAAGUGUUUAAAGGAUGAUAAUGAAGAUAUGAGGAAACAGUUUGAGACAGAGCUUCAGGUGUUGUCGAAAUACCGCCACGAGAACAUCGUACACUUGCUGGGAAGCUCAAAAGACGGCCUGCAGCAUUGCUUGAUUUAUCAGUACAUGCAGAAUGGAUCCCUUGAGGAUCGAUUAUGUUGUAAGAACGACACCACACCCCUCUCGUGUUUGCUGAGAAUAAAGAUAGUCAAGGGCACGGCUCGAGGAAUUGCUUAUCUCAAUGGGCAGGGUCUUGUACACCGAGAUAUUAAGAGUGCAAAUGUCUUAUUGGACAAAGACUUUGUUCCCAAAGUGGGUGAUUUCGCCACUGCUCGUAUGGCACCGUCGGGUAACAGCUCAACGUUUAAGAACACCAGUGUUCUCAUUGGAACGUCGGCAUACCUCGCGCCAGAAGCCUUUCAGUUUGACGUUUCCGCCAAACUCGACUCUUACAGUUUCGGUGUCGUCCUCCUUGAGCUUAUCACAGGGUUACCUCCCUUUGACAAUGAUCGAGAAGAGAAGGAUUUGUGGAGUCACAUUGACGAGAAUUGUGAUGAAAUAAUGGACAUGGUGGACCAGACGGCGGCACCGUGGAACAAACAGAACAUUGACACUUUGUACAGAAUAGCAAGGAACUGCCUCGAACACAAGAAGAAAAAACGCCCUCUUGUGGAACACAUCUUGCCAGAAUUGGAGGAAUUGUCAUGACAAUAUAUUAUGUGAACAUUCCACUUCAUACUAUUCCAUGUCAAGACAUUUAAACCUGCUUUCCAUUAAUGUGAAUCUGCGUGUGCUAAUAUGUGAUUUUUCCAGAUACAUGUAUGAUCUGUGUUUUACCGGUGGAUUACCAGACAAAAUUUGAUGUUAUUGAAGUAUACUUUUAAGCCAAUAGUAUAUAUAUCCUAUGAUGUCAUCGUGCAGAUAAACUUGCAUCUGGAAAAAUCAUGAACUUGCAUAUUGCGUAUAUAUAAAAGACUCUGUGUUUGUGUAUUUAUCUAUAAAUGGCAUCGGUGGAAACUGGCCUAAGGACCGCUUUUUAGUAAUGUGAUUCUGUGUUCAUUUCCACAUGCGUAAUUGUAUUUUUCCAUAUCUGCAUUUUUGCAAGCUGAUGCCAUUUAUAGAUAAAUGUCUGCAUGUAAAAUUGCGUAUAUGGAAAAGGUACUGUAUAAAUGCAUUGUAUCGAUAACUCUGGCACGAAAUCGCAUUGAUGGAAAGUGGACCUUAGGGAUAGAAAUUAAUGAAUGUGGACUCACUUGCUCUUUGUGGAGUAGAAAUUUCUAGGGACCAGCAGAGUUCAGUGUUAACUCUAAGUAAAUUGUUUUAAUAAUUGAACAUUAUAGUAUAUAUAUUGAUAAAAUUAUCAUUUAUUCAUUAAUGCUGUGAUAUAUAAAAGUAGGGACAUUUUGUUCAGUAUCAUGUCGUGAUGUUACACAAGU